CCCCACACGCUUUGUCUCUCUCUGUCUCUCAAAAAUAAAGAAAACUAAUAAAAAAUUAAAAAAAAACAAAGAAGUCUAGGAAAUGUCAGUUUUAGCUUUCCACUAAACUAGGGGAGAGUUAGAGUAGAUUAAUUUUUUGUCACCAUUCUCAGCUUUGUCUCUGCUCUUUAUUUCUUACCCUUAGUAUAUUCACCAGAUUUCCUGAGUAGGCUUUUUUUUUUUUUUAUUUGUUAAAACCCAUGUGUCUUUGUAAACCCCCUAGUCUUUCUGAGCCUUGCUAUACUUAUCUCCAGUAUGAGGAAACUUAGACUAGAUGAUCUCUCUAAGUUCCCUUUCAGCUGUAAACUUCUGUUUAUGUUCAUUUAUUUAUUCCUUCAUUGAAAAAUGUUUAUUGAAUACCUGUUAUUUGAUAUGUAUACUCUGCACUGUAAGAUUAUCUACUCUCCAGUAAUAAAAUAAUACAUGUUCUUCAGUAUCCAGGUUAUGUACUGCUUCGUUUGUAAAGUUUUACCUGAAACUGUAGCCUACGUUAUGUUGUCUUGCCCCACAAAUUCUUUUAGGACCUAGUGAACAAUGUAGACAUAGGUUAACCUAUGUUUUGCUUAGUGUUUUGAUUGUUGUCAUUACUUAAUGUAAUUGCAGACACCUUGGAGAGUAAUACUUCUUUUAUAAUUGAUAACGGUUGUCACUUAGUCGUAAUAAUCGUGAUGGUAACUAACAUUUAUAAACACUAACUUUUGAGACGAACGUUGUUUUAAAUGCUUUAUAUAUACAUCCAUUCCUUUUACUCUUACAAAAUGUUUGUGAAAUGGGAGCUCUUUUCAUGUCCAUUUUUACAAAUGAGGUAAGGUACACAAAGGUUAAGUAAAUUUCCUUGAGGUUAUACUGCUGGUAAGUGAAGAAUUUCUGCAGUCAGACUUCAAAAACCCAUUUGCUUAUAAUGUGUAAUUACUGUAUGCUUGCUGAAUGAAUGGAUGUUUUCAUCUUUAAUAUAUAAUUGGUUACAGCUUUGGUAUCUAUUUUGCACUUUGGAUAAAAGACUGAAGAUAUUUCACUUCCGGGAGAAUACUUUUCAAACAAGGACAAAUAACUUUCUUAGUAACUAAUUAUGAGUGAUAGAGUUAAUAGUAUUCAAAUUGUAUACUUAUACCUUGAGGGAUUUUUGGAUAAUGUAUCCUUUUCAGAGAAGGUGUGAGACAUGCAUAAUACUUACAGAUGAAUUUUGAUUUGUGUUAAGUAUCUUGAUUAUUACUUGUUACUUAUUUUCAGUUGAGUGGUGAUUUUAUGCAAUGGCUUCAAGCCACAGUUCUUCACCAGUGCCUCAAGGAAGCAGCAGAGAUGUUUUCUUUAAAAAAGAGGUAGAUCCAACAAAACACAUUCGACCUGUACAGUCACUGCCAGAUGUAUGUCCCAAGGAGCCCACAGUUACAGAUCAACAUAGAUGGACUAUAUAUCAUUCCAAAGUAAACCUCCCAGCAGCAUUAAAUGAUCCUAGAUUAGCAAAAAGAGAAUCUGACUUCUUCACAAAAACAUGGGGAUUGGACUUUGUGGACACUGAAGUCAUACCUUCAUUCUACCUCCCACAGAUCAGCAAGGAACAUUUUACAGUGUAUCAACAGGAAAUCUCUCAGAAAGAGAAGACUCAUGAGAGAUGCAAGAAUAUUUGUCCUCCUAAAGAUACUUUUGACAGGACUCUCUUACAUACUCAUGAUAAAUCCAGGACAGAUCUGGAGCAAGUACCUAAGAUUUUUAUGAAACCAGAUUUUGCCUUGGACGAUUCCUUAACUUUUAAUUCAGUUUUACCAUGGUCUCAUUUUAAUACUGCUGGUGGAAAAGGAAAUCGUGAUGCAGCUUCCUCAAAGUUGCUACAAGAAAAGCUGAGCCAUUAUCUGGAUAUUGUGGAAGUAAACAUUGCUCACCAGAUCUCUCUACGUUCAGAAGCAUUUUUUCAUGCUAUGACCUCUCAACACGAAUUGCAGGACUACCUCAAGAAAACUUCCCAGGCUGUAAAAAUGCUUCGAGAUAAAAUUGCACAGAUUGAUAAAGUAAUGUGUGAAGGAUCACUACACAUUUUAAGACUGGCACUUACCAGAAAUAAUUGUGUUAAAGUGUACAAUAAACUCAAGUUAAUGGCCACUGUACACCAAACUCAGCCUACAGUACAGGUGUUGUUAUCCACUUCUGAAUUUGUUGGAGCAUUGGACUUAAUAGCAACAACACAAGAGGUUCUACAGCAGGAACUUCAGGGCAUUCACAGCUUCCGGCAUUUGGGAUCACAACUUUUCCUCUUCCUUUGUAGGCAUUUGGGAUCACAACUUUGUGAAUUGGAAAAACUGAUAGAUAAAAUGAUGAUUGCAGAGUUUUCUACUUAUUCUCAUAGUGACUUAAACAGACCACUGGAUGAUGACUGUCAAAUUUUAGAAGAGGAAAGACUUGUAUCUCUUGUAUUUGGACUUUUAAAACAAAGAAAACUUAAUUUUUUAGAAAUCUAUAGUGAAGAAAUGAUUAUUACAGCAAAGAAUAUCAUUAAACAGUGUGUGAUUAAUAAAGUUUCACAAAUAGAAGAUAUUGACACAGAUGUUAUUGUGAAGCUUGCAGAUCAGAUGAGAAUGUUGAAUUUUCCUCAGUGGUUUGAUCUGCUGAAGGACAUUUUCUCUAAGUUUACAAUUUUCCUACAAAGAGUUAAGGCAACGUUAAAUAUCAUUCACAGCGUUGUUCUCUCAGUUCUUGACAAAAACCGAAGGACCAGGGAAUUGGAAGAGAUUUCACAACAGAAGAAUGCUGCAAAAGACAAUUCACUGGACACAGAAGUGGCUUAUUUAAUCCAUGAAGGCUUGUUUAUAAGUGAUGCAUUCAAUGAGAGUGAAUUAACACCUAUAGCAAUCGACACUACCUCUCAAAGAAAUGCAUCUCCAAAUAGUGAGCCCUGCAGCAGUGAUUCGGUAUCCGAACCAGAAUGUACUACUGAUUCUUCAUCCAGCAAAGAGCAGACAUCAUCAUCUGCUACCCCAGGAUGUGUGGAUAUGAUGGUCAAUGAAGACAUGAAAUUAACUGAUUUAGAGCUAGAAAAACUGGCAAAUAAUAUCCAGGAGUUAUUGUAUAGUGCCUCAGAUAUAUGCCAUGAUCGAGCCGUCAAGUUUCUCAUGUCAAGAGCAAAGGAUGGUUUUCUUGAGAAGCUAAAUUCCACGGAAUUCAUAACACUUUCUAGAUUAAUGGAAACAUUCAUUUUAGAUACUGAACACAUCUGUGGAAGAAAAAGCAUGUCAUUACUUGGAGCACUUCAGAGCCAAGCUAAUAAAUUUGUAAACAGGUUUCAUGAAGAGAGAAAAACUAAGCUGAGCCUCCUCUUAGACAAUGAGCGCUGGAAGCAAGCUGAUGUUCCUGCAGAAUUUCAGGAUCUUGUUGAUUCUAUAUCAGAUGGAAAGAUUGCUUUACCUGAAAAAAAGUCAGGGGUUACGGAAGAAAGAAAGCCAGCUGAAGUUCUCAUUGUAGAGGGACAACAAUAUGCUGUCGUUGGAACUGUAUUGCUGUUGAUAAGAAUUAUCCUUGAAUAUUGCCAGUGUGUGGAUAAUAUCCCAUCUGUUACUACUGACAUGCUUACUCGUCUGUCAGAUUUAUUGAAGUACUUCAAUUCAAGAAGUUGCCAGUUAGUUCUUGGAGCUGGUGCACUGCAAGUUGUUGGAUUAAAAACAAUAACUACAAAAAAUUUGGCUCUAUCUUCACGUUGUUUGCAGUUAAUUGUGCACUACAUUCCUGUGAUCCGGGCUCAUUUUGAAGCUCGACUACAGCCUAAGCAGUAUAGCAUGCUUAGGCAUUUUGAUCAUAUCACUAAGGACUACCAUGACCACAUCGCUGAAAUAUCAGCUAAGCUUGUAGCGAUAAUGGAUAGCUUAUUUGACAAGCUGUUAUCCAAGGAAACACUGGAGACAAUUAACAAUCCAGAGGACAUGAACAUAAUUCUCAUUGUUUUUCUCUGCCAGUAUGAGGUGAAAGCUCCCGUUCCUUCUGCCUGUUUCAGGAAUAUUUGUAAGCAAAUGGCAAAAAUGCAUGAAGCUAUAUUUGAUCUUCUUCCAGAAGAACAAACACAAAUGUUAUUUUUAAGAAUUAAUGCAAGUUAUAAACUCCACUUGAAAAAACAGUUAUCUCAUUUAAAUGUGAUAAAUGAUGGAGGACCUCAAAAUGGGUUGGUCACAGCAGAUGUAGCUUUUUACACUGGAAAUCUUCAAGCCUUAAAAGGCCUUAAAGAUUUGGACCUAAAUAUGUCCGAGAUCUGGGAACAGAAGAGGUGAUGACAUACUGGAAAACUGGGUAGCUCAUCUGACCAUGGGAUGUGUAUGUUUGUGAAGAAAAUAUGGAUGCCUGUGAUUCAAGAACUGAACCUGGAACCCAGAGUGAACGGGAUAGGGGAAGGGGGAAAGGAAAGUAUCAGUGUUGGGAAACUGGGAUUCAGUGGGAUCUACAAGGAAUGCCAUUUUUAUGCUUCCUUCAGUGAGGAGUAACUGAUCAGGUGUCUAUAACAUUUUUCAUUCUCUCUGGAAACAGACUCAGGUUUCUUUGGACCAAAUCCAAAAGAACACAUAGCUGUAACACAGCUGUAGUUGACUAGAAUGCUCUGUAUACUUUAUAUUAAAAAAUGCUUUGCAUUUCUUCCAGUGCAAUGAAAUUCAUAUGGUGUCCCACCUUAUUUAAUGAUGGUACAAUUUAAAAUAUUAAAAUCUUAGUCAACCUCUGUAGAAAGUUUUCUCUAUGAAAGUAAAGCUGUUUGAAAAAUUAUUUUUUUACACAGAUCUUUCUAUGAAAAAUAAACAUCUUUUGAUUGCUUGGAUUUAGGAACUCAAUUUUUGUUUUAGUGACCAAUGUCAAGUUUCAGGCCUCGUGUGUCACGUAUUUAAUCUUUCUACCACCACUGUAUGUCAUCUGAGUAAAGCCUUCCAGAAUAGUCUAAAUACUUGAAAGUCUGAUCACAGUAAUAAUUAAAGAAAAAGAUAUUGGCAUUUAUUUAUGCAACUACUAAUUUAAAUACUUUUCAGAAGGGGUAUGUGAAAGGCUGCAGUUUAAUAGCUGUAUUUUUAUACAAGUAUCUAUGAAGGGUUGGUUUGUGGGUUUUUUUGCCUUUUUAUUUCUAGCAAAUGGUUAGAAUACAUUUUCAUAUAUUCUGCGUAUUUAUGAGUUCUCAUUUUAACAUUUAGAUAACAGAUGAAGUAUGGCCCCCUUGGGUUUUUGUUUUUAAGUUACUUUCGACAUGUAUAUGAACAAAGACCAGGGAGAAAUGGAACUUUUAAAAUAUAGGCUGCUGUUCGGCCAGAAAUAAGGUGAUGAGUAACUUAUUUAAAGAUUUUAUAAUACCUACCUUCAAAAUUAGAAUCAGCAGCACUCCACAAAUGAAAGUGCCUGUGCCUCACCUCACACCGGGAGUCUUGCCUAACCCCGUCAGAGUGCCUAAUCUUGUUGUGAUUAUGUACAAUGAAAUAAUAGUCUUAUUUUGUGCUCUUCCAUUUCCUAAAAGGAAAGCCUGUUUUAUCAUUACUAAGGUAUGUCAUUGGUUCUUAAACUGUCUAAAAUAAAGCUGUAAAAAAUUA